UUCGCGGAAAAUAAAGCGAAAUUUGGGUCUCCUCGUGAUUUGCCAUGCAUUUUGAUAUAAUUAUGUGCCGAAGAAGUGAUUUAAAAUUAUUUUCGCUAUCACACGAACACAAAAUUCUCGGAAUGCGUAUUGCACAACAUACUUGGCGCGCAAAAUAUCUCGUAGCGAAAACUACAGUAUUUCUAUAAAUGACUACUGUAGUGUCGAUUUACUGGAUCGAGUUUUUUUAAAGAUGGAAUAUCGCUGAUCGAGCCCGUAAAUCGACACAAACGCUACAGUAGUCAUUAAAAUAUAUACUGUAGUCUUCGCUACGAGAUAUUUUGCGCGUCAAAUAUGUUGCACAAUACGUAUUCUCAGAAUUUUGUAUUCCCGUAAUAGAUUUUUAAACUUAAAUUGCUAAUUUUUUUCGUAAAAUACAGUGCAUGAAGUUGGUGUGUGCACAAUUUUGAAUUGCGGACUCAAUGCAACAUAUCUGACGCGCAAUUUUUCCAAACUGAAAAAAAAACCCAUUUGAAAAUUGCGUGAAACCACUUUUGAUGACAUUAAACCAUCUCUCAAUUUUAUUUCCGGCAAUUCCCGGCAAAAUAUGCCUCGUCAUCGGAGCCGAUGCACCAGAUUUCACGCGCAAAUUUAUAGAAUAAUGUACGGAAGAGAAUGGCAUGUGUUGCUACUGUGUUCACAUACAUUGUUUCAAGGGAAAAAGUCAAUUUCAGAGAUGUUGUGAUUCAUUUGGCGCUGGGCGUCUCACUUGGCUACCUGAUAGGUAUUUUGUUCAUAUUUGAUGGAGACAACGAUAUUUCAAAACAUAUUCAUUUAAUGGAACAUGAAAAAUCCACACCAAAACCGGAAUCCUUUAAUCUCCGUUGUGUUAUCAUUCUCCACAAGGCUACCCACAAGCCAGAAAAUAUAAUAUCCGCAAUCACAGAUGGGUACGCAAAACUGUGUCAGGAGACGAUAUUCUUCACGAAUAAUCAGAAAUUAUUCGAUAAGUUUCAGAAAUUUCAAAAUAACUAUACAAUGUACCACGUGGAUUCCAGCCUUAACCAUUUCUACUGGACAUAUUAUUUAUAUGCAAUGGAAUUCUCGUCAAAAGUCCCGGCUCAAUGGACAUUUUUGGGCGAUGAUCAGACUUAUUUGAUAGUUCCAAAUCUUCGAAAUACUCUGAGAAAUUUUGAUUCUGAAAAACCAGUUGUUCUUGGAAAAGUGAAGGAUACUAGCACAUUAUUCUCUUGGCUCUUCCCGCUGAGCAGCUUCAAGAAGAUUUCCGUUCGUGGUGGAGUUGUGCUAUCAAAUCCAGCAAUUGAUAAGCUUUCUGCUUGCAAAGGAUUUUUCUUCUCGCGAGCCUCGGAUUUCGCUCUCUACGACUGCAGCGAGAAGUACGGUGUCCAGAUAGCUGAUCCAUUUGAUGAAGAUGCUCUCCGACUAUUCAACGAUCUUCCACCAAAACAAAUAAUUGCGCCAGACUCGAAAUUGUUCCGUUCAAGUCCCACAAAAGCCGGAAAAUGUUCCGACCACGCGAUCUCGUUCGGCCAAUUAUCCGAAAAGGAUAUGCGAGUUCUUCAAUUCGGAAUGUCGCUGAAAGUAUUCGGACGCGGAGGUCUUGACACUUCUUCAAAUGAGACUACCGAUUUUUGAUCUUCUCCAGCAGCUUCUCCAGAAUCUAUCCAAUAGUAUUUCUAUCAUGGGACGUGUAUUUCUCUUCUUGCCGGGUGUAAAUUUAAUUAUUUUUGAAAUUAAUUAUUUUUCCAUAAAAUAAAAUAAAACUUAACAAAAAGAAA